AUGAGUUGGAUGUUCCUCAGAGACCUCCUGAGUGGAGUAAAUAAAUACUCCACUGGGAUCGGGCGGAUCUGGCUGGCUGUCAUGUUCCUCUUCCGUUUGCUGGUCUACAUGGUGGCGGCAGAGCAUGUAUGGAAAGAUGAGCAGAAAGACUUUGAGUGCAACGUUAGACAGCCUGGUUGUGAAAAUGUGUGUUUUGACUACUUCUUCCCCAUCUCCCAGGUCAGACUUUGGGCCUUACAACUGAUCAUGGUCUCCACGCCUUCACUUCUGGUGGUUCUACAUGUAGCCUAUCGCGAGGGUAGAGAGAAAAGGCACAGGCAGAAACUCUAUGUCAGCCCAGGCACCAUGGAUGGGGGCCUGUGGUACACUUACCUUAUCAGCCUCACUGUUAAAACUGGCUUUGAAAUUGGCUUCCUGGUUUUAUUUUACAAGCUCUAUGGUGGCUUUAGUGUUCCUUACUUUAUGCAGUGUGAUUUGAAGCCUUGUCCCAACACUGUGGACUGCUUCGUCUCCAAACCCACGGAGAAAACGAUUUUCAUCCUCUUCUUGGUCAUUACCUCAUGCCUGUGCAUUGUGUUGAAUUUCACUGAACUGAGUUUUUUGGUCCUCAAGUGUUUUAUUAAGUGCUAUCUCCAAAAAUACUCUAAAAAACUCAAGUCCUCAGUGUGUGUGUGCCACAACCUCAGAUAUGUUAAAUAUGGUGAGAUGGGGGCCCCUCCCUUGCUCCAGAAGCACCAUUUAGACUCAGCCAUGAGCACAGCCCAGGGAGGGGAAACAAAGGUACUCUGUGGCACACAAGAGGCUUAA